AUGAAACCCUCGACCCUUGACCCUCCGACCCUCCGACCCUCCGACUCUCCGACCCUCCGACCCUCCGACCCUCCGACCCUCCGACCCUCCGACCCUCAGACCCUGCGACCCUCGGACCCUCGACCCUCGACCUUCCGACCCUCCGACUCUCCUCCCAAAGAGAGAGAGAGAAGUUCUCCAGAGAAAACAACUGAAAGCUUCCUGCUGUGUGACCGCUGGAGUCAGUGCAAACUCUCCUUUGGACCCAGAUUAACCAUCGAACCCAAGGAGGAUUACGAGCCGUCCUACUACAAACUGACGAAUGAGAACACCAUGUCCUGCCUGGCCACUGGCUUCAGCAGACACAACGCACUUAGCAGCAACUCAUUGAAUUGGUCGGAGGUCGUCCGGAUCUCAGGAGACUCUCUGUACAACAGUGUGGUUUUGUUUCCACAUGGUGAUAAUGGAGCAAGAUGUCCUGAAAACAAUGAUGAACCCCUGGUGUGUGUUGAGCAACUGAAGAAAGGUCCGACGGUGAACACCGUGUCGCUGAUCGUCCUGGGCCUCAGACUGCUCUUCAUCAAGACCGUCAUCUUCAACGUCCUGAUGACUCUGCGGCUGUGGAUCAGUCAAUGAUUCAGCUGAUCUUCACCCAGAGUCACUGCUCAGCUUCAUGUCCGAGUCUCAAACGUCUGUAUCAUUUAUAAUAACAUGUAUAAAUAUCAUGUCAGCUGUUCACCAUACGUCUGUUAAUAUCGUCAUACUGUUGUGAUACAUAAAUUCAUGUAGUUUGUAUUAGUUUUGAGAUGUUUAAGGUUUUUUUUGUCAUAUUGUGAGUGAUGUUUUAGAUGAAUGAGUUUCUGCUGGUGUAAAUAUCACAGUCAUCGUCCUGUUCCACCAACUUACUUCUUAAACUUGUAACAUUUCCUGUGACGUCACAAUAAAAACUCAACAACAGA